AGCGCGCGCUGCUGCUUCUGCUUCCAAGGCGUCGCUGGAAGGGAAUUCUGCCGGGCGCCGGUCAUGGCAGGCGCAGCUGCCACGCGGGUCCUGCUGCAGGCAGCGGGGAAGGCGAGUGUGGUGCGGGCGGCGGCUGCUCCUGCCUCCGGGCUCUGCUCCUGCUGCAUCCUGAAGACGGGUGCCUAUUGCACGCUGGCCCCGCCGCCUCAGCCCUCGGCCCCGCCCGCGGAUAUGAAGAGCUACCUGUGGACGCGCUACAAUGAGGCCAAAAAAGUGACUAAAGAACUAGUUCCUUCGAUAAUGAGUAACUUGCUGAAUCCAGAUGCAAUCUUUUCCAACAAUGAAAUGAGUCUCUCAGACAUUGAAAUCUAUGGGUUUGAUUAUGACUACACCUUGGUCUUCUAUUCCAAGCAUUUGCACACAUUGAUCUUUAAUGCUGCCCGGGAUCUGCUGAUCAAUGAACAUCGGUAUCCUGCAGAAAUACGGAAAUAUGAUUACGAUCCCAACUUUGCAAUAAGAGGGCUUCAUUAUGAUGUGCAUCGAGCAUUGUUGAUGAAGAUUGAUGCUUUUCAUUAUAUUCAGCUGGGGACAGUGUACAGAGGACUGAGUGUCGUCCCAGAUGAAGAAGUCAUUGCCAUGUAUGAUGGAUCCCAUGUCCCCUUGGAACAAAUGAGUGACUUCUAUGGAAAGAGUUCACAAGGUAACACCAUGAAGCAAUUCAUGGAUAUCUUCUCCUUACCUGAGAUGACACUCCUGUCUUGUGUAAAUGAGCAUUUCCUGAAAAAUAACAUAGACUACGAGCCCGUUCAUCUCUACAAAGAUGUGAAGGACUCAAUCAGAGACGUCCACAUCAAAGGAAUAAUGUACCAUGCAAUUGAAGCAGAUAUUGAGAAAUACAUUUGUUAUGCUGAGCAGACGCGUGCUGUGCUAGCAAAGUUGGCAGAUCAUGGCAAGAAGAUGUUCCUCAUCACGAACAGUCCUAGCAGCUUUGUGGAUAGAGGUAUGAAGUUCAUAGUCGGGAAAGACUGGCGGGAUCUCUUUGAUGUAGUCAUUGUCCAAGCUGACAAGCCCAACUUCUUCAAUGAUAAGAGGAGACCUUUCCGUAAAGUGAAUGAAAGAGGUGUAUUGCUUUGGGAUAAAAUUAAUGAACUGCAAAAAGGACAGAUUUACAAACAGGGUAACUUAUAUGAAUUUUUGAAACUGACUGGAUGGAGAGGUUCCAAAGUCUUGUAUUUUGGUGAUCAUAUUUACAGUGACCUAGCAGAUUUGACCUUAAAGCAUGGCUGGCGGACAGGUGCAAUCAUUCCAGAGCUACGAACGGAGAUUAAGAUCAUGAACACCCAGCAGUAUAUUCAGACCAUGACCUGGCUGCAAACUCUCACUGGAUUACUGGAACACAUGCAGGUUCACAGGGAUCCUGAUUCUCAACUGAUCUUACAAGAGUGGAAAAAGGAAAGGAAGGAAAUGAGAGAACUGACAAGGAACUUCUUCAACUCUCAGUUUGGAAGCUUGUUUCGGACUGACCAGAACCCGACCUACUUCUUAAGACGCUUGUCUCGCUUUGCUGAUAUUUACAUGGCUUCAUUGAGCUGCCUUUUGAACUAUGACCCUGAUUAUACAUUUUAUCCGAGGAGGACUCCUUUGCAGCAUGAACUGCCGCCGUGGUCAGACCAGCUGUGCACUGGCAAUAAGUUGAUUCCCCAAAUGGUGGUCAGGUAGAUGUUUCUCAAAGUUUGUAAGUAUUUUAUGAAUAUGAAACAAUUGAGGUGGCUUUUCUUAUAUUUCUGAAUUAACUCUUUGUUGUAUAAUUUAAGAACAAUCUGCUGGCAUGGCUCCAUUUUGUUCAUGAUUGUAAUUUCUUGAAAUAGGCUUCUAAGUAGGGCUGAGCUGACUUUUCUCACCUGAAGCAGCAAUUUUAAGAGGAAGGGGAGCACCCAUCUCCCUAGAAUAAAAACCUCCCUUUUCUGUUGUUUAUGAUCAUUCCUUCCUCUGCUUUGACACCAUUGUAUGUGUUUGGUUUCAUUCCUCUAUUAAUGAUCUCACAGUGUUUGCCUUUUCAAUGCUGUGACAUUGUAAUCAAUCAAAUUGGCCUCUGUGCACACAUGAGUGGGACUAAUGACACCCAUUUAAGCUGAAGUCAAGUAUUUCUUAGACUGGCGAUAAUAGUGAUCCUAGCAGCCAGCUGGGGGAUCCCUUUAGCAAUUAAGCACUUUUGCAAUGGUGACCCCAAAGGGCGCCUUUGACAUUGAUAAAGAUUUAUAUUAAAUCCUUCUUUCCAGUUCAGCCAUACUGCCUCAUGAUGAUUGUGCACGCAAGCAGCUUGAGCUUGUCUGACAGUAUUGCUGAGGGUGUUGAGUAUUGUCUGUACUUAGCAAUAUUGCUAUUAAUAAUGAAAUGCAUGAGUUCCACACACUGUUUUGAUGCAGAGAGCAUUAAAGAAUAAUUGUUUAAGGUUAGUAGUCAGAUCUGAUAUUUUUGUUACCCUUUGAAAAACAAACUCCAGGUGGCUGAUCCAGGACUAACAGUGAAGAUCAGGUUUUACGUUAUUUGAAAUAUAUUCAAAUCCUUCAUAUAAGUAACUUGAUCAUUUUAUUUUUUUACUUCAUUUAUACCCUGCCUUUCUCCCCAUUGGGGACCCAAAGUGACCUCCAUUUUUAUCCUAUCAGUUGUUGUUUCAAAAGAUAGUUGAAAUAACCCACAGUGUUUGCAGGGCUCUUGGGUUAGCAUACAGUGUUUAGCGGCAUUAAAUGUGUGUGUGCCUGCUUAACUCACCAGCAAUCUUGAACUGCCUUGGAGAAAGGUUCUUCUACUGCAGAAUAAAAGAAGAUGACUUGGUCUAAGUGUAUAAUGUGGUGCUGAUCACUGCUUUAAUUUUUAACACACAAUAUAAUAAAAAAUGUUUUUGCAUGAGAAGUGAUUUGUGUGGGUGUGGCAAAUAUCCAAGCACAAGUAACUGCAAAAACAAACAUUAAUUUAUAUUAGUGUUACUGCUCUGAUAUAACUAUUGAAGAUUGUAAUCAAAUUUUGAAGAUGUUAAUUUCUGUAACUUCUUUGAUAUUGUGUUAUGAAGAUUCCUGUCUGUAUAUUUUUUGUAUACAAAAACCGAGACAAACUUCUUGACAAACUGAAAGCUAAACAAUCUGAAUGUAUAGGAGGAAAUUGAUUGUAAAGCAAAAAAAUAUUUUUUUUGUAUUAAAGUUUUCGUGUGAUGGAAUCAUGAAGUACUCAGUAAUAAAAUAUCUCA